UAGGCGUGGGACCAAUACCAUAAGGAUGGAAGUGAGAGAUGCCAAUGCUGCCAUGCUUAGCAACUAUGAGGUCUAUCAGUUGCUGAUGGAGCUGAAAGAGAAGAGGAAAGAAAGUGUUAAAAACAAACACAGCACCGGACAGCAGAACCUUAACACAAUCAUGUAUGAGACUAUUAAAUACCUCUCCAAGACACCAUGUGUUCACCAGAAUCCUGAAAUAGUAAAGGAUUUUCUUACAGCAAUGCUUCCCCACAAACUCACCAAAGCAGAGAAACUUCAGCUCCUGAACCACAGACCACAGACGGCUGUCGAGAUCCAGCUGAUGGUAGAAGAAAGUGAAGAACGAUUGACUGAAGAACAGAUUGAUGAACUUAUUCAGAAGGUCACAGAAAUCCUUCCUGGAGAUCCUGAACAAGAAAAUGCUGCUGCAGGAGACGCUGAGAUGGACGAAAGCACAGAUCAGUGAAUAAAAAUCAUCAGAACUGUUUAUAUUACACAUGCUAGUCCUUACUCACCCAGGUUGGUGGGUGUCAUGUGAUGGGGUGGACAGAUUUCAAGAAACUGAUAGUUUGAUUCUGGGUGGCAGCUGUAAUGUGUGCAUUAUGCAACCAACCUAUGUGAUGGGGGGGAAGUAAUUCUGGAUGUGAGAUGUCUUUCUGUUGCCAUAUUAAAUUAUUAUUAUUAAAUUUGUAGAAAGCAUUAUGUUACACACAGAUGUCACAAAUCCCAUUACAAUUAUUUACCUUUUUACUAUGAUUUGUGAAAUUAUAGUUAUGCACAAUGCUGAUGGUAGCUUUCUUUACCUAUUAGCAACAUUAACAGGAGCAGGAGUGCUUUGGUUUUCUUUACAUUAAUGAGAGUUUGUAUUGUAUGUAUAUGAACAGUCAUUAAUAAAAACCUGUAAAAUUA